AUGUCACCUUCUAAAACCAUAAUAACUUUGGCUCUCUUCAUAGCAACAACACUAGUCGCUUUCUGCAACGCAAACGCCGCAAACGCCACAACGCAACCGCUAUUCCCAGCGAUUCUAAUCUUCGGCGAUUCAACAGUCGACACAGGCAACAACAAUUACCACAUACAAACAAUCUUCAAGGCUCAACAUUUUCCUUACGGCGUUGACCUCCCAAACCACAGAGCUAACGGAAGAUUCUCAAACGGAAAACUUAUCUCCGACGUAAUCGCAACAAACCUCAACAUCAAAGAGUUUGUUCCUCCUUUCUUACAACCUAAUCUCUCCGACCAAGACAUUGUCACCGGAGUCUGUUUUGCAUCAGCUGGUGCUGGUUACGAUGACCUAACCAGUCUCUCGACACAAGCCAUUCGUGUCUCGGACCAACCAAAGAUGUUCAAGAGUUACAUUGCUCGUCUCAAGAGUAUCGUGGGAGACAAGAAAGCUAUGGAGAUUAUAAGCAAUGCUUUGGUGGUUGUAAGUGCAGGACCUAACGAUUUCAUCUUGAAUUAUUACGAUAUUCCUUCAAGGCGUCUCGAGUUUCCUCGCAUUUCUGAUUACCAAAACUUUAUUCUUAAGAGGCUUCACAAAUUCGUUCAGGAGCUUUACAGUUUAGGUGUCCGGAAUAUUAUGGUCGGAGGAUUACCGCCGAUGGGUUGUUUACCGAUUCAAAUGACUGCUAAAUUCCGCAACAUCUUAAGAUUCUGCUUAGAACAAGAGAACAGAGACUCUGUUUUAUACAAUCAGAAACUUCAAAAGCUAUUACCUCAGAUCCAAGCAUCUCUUACAGGAAGCAAGCUCCUCUACGCCAAUGUCUAUGACCCUAUGAUGGACAUAAUUCAAAACCCUAGCAAAUACGGGUUUAAAGAGACGAAGAGAGGAUGUUGUGGAACAGGGUUUUUGGAGACGAGUUUCAUGUGUAAUGUUUUUUCUCCGACUUGUCAGAAUCACUCGGAGUUUGUGUUCUUUGAUUCGAUUCAUCCAUCGGAAGCUACCUAUAAUUACAUGGGCAAUGUUAUCGACAAGGCGAUUCGUGGGUGGAUUGCGGCUUAA